AUGGCAACAGAUAUUAUCUUAACAAGCUCACCUGAUGGACCUAUCAUUGCUCAAGAUCAUCUAACCGGUGCUGUUCUCACUCAAUUCUCCGUCACUAGAUCACCAAGGAAGGGCCUAGCUUUCACCUCCGGCGGGCUAAUCGUCGCCUCUCAUAUAACUCUCUCGGCCUCCGGCUUCAUCCACCUCUUCAACUGGUGGUCAUCUUCAGUUCUCCAAUCUGUCCCCGUCCCCGAGCCGGUUGCGCCUCUUGUUGCCACUCCUAAUGGAUCCUUCCUCUUCGCCGGAGGCCUCUCCGGUCGCAUUUAUAUACUUUCUCUACCUUCCUGUGAUCUUCUUAGCUCUUUUCCUGCUCACCAGCGAACUGUCUCAUGCCUUACUAUUAACUCUGAUGGCUCACUUGUUAUAUCGGGCAGCGAUGAUGGCUCUAUUGCUGUGUUUCCGAUAAUUUCUAUGCUAGACAUCUCCUCUACUGAAUCAUCAGAUGAUGACACUGUCCAAACAUUGUAUAAAUUCAUUGCUCACAGCAUGCCAAUUACUGGUAUUGCUUCAGGGAGUACAGGUGGGUGCAAUUCAAUCAUCAUUUCAUGUUCUCUUGAUUGCAUGAUCAAGUUUUGGAGCUUGGCUAAUGGUGCUUGUCUAAGGACUGUGCAUCUCCAAUGUGCAUUAUGGAGUGUUAUACUCGAUUCGACUGAUACUGAAGCCUAUGCCGGAGGAUCGGAUGGUCGGGUUUAUUCAGUGGCACUGAAGAAGAUGAGGAGGAGUAGAUUGAGUGGGGAGGAAAAUGGUGUGGUUGCAUGGUCUGCAGAGGAGAGUGGUGGUGCAGUGAUAGCUCUUGCGAUGGUGAACGGUGACCGGAAUUUGGUAUCGGCCUCAGAAGAUGGCACGAUAAUGAUGUGGGAGGCAGGGCAGGUUGUUAAUGUUCUUAGACAUGGCCAGAAUGGUGUCAGUGAUCUUUUGGUGGCCAGAGGCGUAUCAAGGGCUGCCGGAGGAGUUCGAAGAGAUGGAGGUAAUUGUUCUUUUAAUGGUUUAAGUAGUAUGUCUUGUGUGAAAAGGAUGCAUAGGGAUGUGAAAGAGCUGGAGGAGAUGGAGCAAUGGCUUGGUGUAGUUGUGAAGGAUAGAAGAAGAGCCAUUGAUGUUCUUGAAACAGCCAUCAACACUUACAAGAGACUGUUAGGACUGUUACUCAAAGAAGCCAAUUUAAGGUGA